AUGGAAACAACUAGUGGAGAAUUUAUACCUACCGUUCCUGGAUGUCCAGAAAAUUGUAUUGAAUGUGGUAGAAGUCCGCUUUAUACCGAUGGCAACAGGAAACAUUCUGAAUUGGGAUCUUGUUGUUCAUCAUUUGGUGUAGUUAAUGAUGAAUUUGGUAAUAUGAUUAGACAAAGACACGGCUUUACUUCAUCAACAAAACAAAUGUAUAGUGGGAGAAUGAUGUCAGGAAAUCCUUUAGGAUAUGGUAGUUCAGUGAACUUUGGUUAUUCAUAUAAUCCUCAAUCUUUUACUGAUAGUAUGAAUUCAUAUAAUUAUGAUCGUCCAUAUCCUCCACAACGUCACAAUCAUUCUCAAUAUUUUGAUAGCUCCACUGGGUCUUAUAGAGUAAGAGGUUCUCGUAAACGUAAACCUAUGGGACAUUAUCAAGAUAGUACAUUUGGUCAUUCUUUUUCCGGUAGUGGAUUAUCUUCUAACUGUUUUUUGGAUAAAAGUUCUACCUGGAGUAAUAUAUAUGGAAGUAGUAAUGAUAGCGGAAGUACCAGAUCAAAUACUUGUAGUUGUUACAGUUUGCAGUCUAAUUCAAGUAGAUUGCCACUUUCUAAGGAUGGAAGAAUAUUUCAAUUAGGUAUAUGUCCUUCAUUUCUUUUUACCAAUCACUGUAUAUUUUUUCCUAAUUGUUUUUUUUCUCAUUCAAGAAGUGACUAUGAAGAUAAAUCAUUAUCUACUUCAGAAGGGUGUUUACUGCAAGAUUUAACUAUUCCAACAGAGGAGUGUAAACAUUUUUCAGUCUCUGGUAAAUGUCCUAUUGGUUUAUGUUGUAAUUUUAUUCAUAAAAUGCCCCAAUGUGAACCUCAACUUCAAAAUGACCAAACAACUAUUGCUCCUGCUGACGACAUGUCCACUACCACUCCUGAUGAAGAUAUAUUCCAUGAAUUUUUCAUGGACAAUAACGAUGAUGAUAUUAAUCAAUGUUGUGACAUUGAUAAAGUUUAUAUUGAUGACAAAUUUUAA